UCGCCGCCGGCCAACCCAGCACUAUCGCUGCAAACUUCGAAGCGACAAACAUGUCCCUCCCGUCUCCAAUUGAAAACCCAGAGGUUAAAUUCACCCAGAUAUUCAUCAAUAAUGAAUGGGUAAAUUCUGCCAGCGGGAAGACUUUCCCCACCAUCAACCCAUCGACAGGUGAGAAGAUAUGUGAUGUCCAGGAGGGAGACAAGGCUGAUGUUGACAAGGCGGUAAAGGCAGCAAGAGAAGCCUUUAAACUGGGGUCACCAUGGAGACGUUUAGAUGCGUCCAAGAGAGGGGUACUUCUGAACAAACUGGCUGACCUGGUAAUGAGGGACAUGGUGUACAUAGCGAGUCUGGAGGUGAUGGACAACGGCAAACCGUUCACAUACGCCAUCGGCGACAUGUACUUCACCGAGUCAAUACUCCGGUACCUCGCAGGAUGGGCAGAUAAGAACGUUGGACAGACUAUUCCCGUUGAUGGUGACCUGUUUGCCUACACUCGCCACGAACCUAUCGGAGUUUGCGGUGGAAUCAUUCCAUGGAACUUCCCUCUCCCAUGCUUGGCCAUGAAGUUAGCCCCGGCUGUGGCGUGUGGGAACGUGUGUGUUAUAAAGCUUGCGGAACAGACACCGCUAACCGGGCUCUACCUGUGCUCCCUGAUAAAGGAGGCCGGUUUCCCUCCUGGAGUUGUGAACAUCAUUCCUGGAUACGGCCCAACUGCUGGCGCUGCUAUAUCAGAGCACAUGGACGUGGACAAGGUGGCCUUCACUGGGUCAACUCAGGUUGGCCAGUUGAUUAUGGAGGCAGCUGCUAAGUCCAACCUGAAGGGUGUUACUCUGGAACUGGGAGGCAAGAGCCCUUGUGUUGUGUUUCCUGAUGCUGAUUUGGACAUGGCCAUCCAGCGAAGCCACGAUGGACUGUUCUUCAACUCGGGACAGGUGUGUGUCGCCGGCUCCAGGACAUUUGUACACGAGGAUAUCUACGAUGAGUUCGUGAAACGAUCCACUGAGCUCGCCAUUAAGAGAAAUGUCGGAAACCCCUUUGAGAAAACCACUCAGUCCGGACCACAAAUUGAUGAGGAGCAGUUCAACAAGAUCUUGGAGCUGAUCCAGAGUGGGAUCGCUCAAGGCGCCAAGCUGCAGUGUGGAGGGAAACGCCUUGGGGACAAGGGAUACUUCGUGCAGUCCACCGUCUUCUCUGACGUCACGGAUAACAUGCGCAUUGCUAAGGAGGAGAUCUUCGGUCCAGUUCAGCAAAUUAUAAAGUUCAAGGACAUGGAGGAGGUGAUUGAGAGGGCAAACGACACCAAAUACGGCCUGGCUGCCGCGGUGUUCACCAAAGACCUCGACAAAGCAUUGAAGUUUUCCAGCAGCGUUCAGGCGGGCGUUGUGUGGGUGAACACCUACGGCGGUGGACUGCAGUCUCCCUUUGGUGGAUUCAAGAUGUCUGGUAUUGGCAGGGAAAUGUAA